AUGCAAGACCACAUUGGCAUUCCUGCUUGCUUCUCCUCAGGUGAGAAGUUAAGUGAUGAUGCAUCAGCUGUGGCUAGGUCAGGCCACAGUGUCUACAUGUCAGUGUACAGAGCCAAGAUAGCUGAUCAGAGCCGUUUGAUCACGAUCACAUGGUGCAAAAACCUGCUCCUCCAUGGCCUAUCGGUGACCAUGGAGGGCCAGGAUGGAGAUCAAACCCAGCAGCACACCCAACACAGCUUCAAAGUUGAGCUCAAGCCAUGGUACUUCUGGAGGAAGCAAGGCUCCAAGCGCUUUGUGGUUGAUGGGAAAGCAGUGGAGAUCUUCUGGGACCUCAAGGCAGCAAAAUUCAACGGCGGGACGGAGCCCAAAUCAGAGUACUACGUUGCGGUUCUUUGUGAGAAGGAAGUUGUUUUGCUUCUUGGUGAUCUCAAAAAAGAUGCAUACAGAAAAACAGGUUUUAGACCUGCCCUCACCGAUCCGACUUUGGUUUCUAAAAAAGAGCACAUUUUUGGUAAGAAAAAGUUUUCCACAAAAGCAAAGUUUUAUGAGAAAGGCAGGCUGCACGAAAUUGCAAUUGAAUGCAAACACAGAGGCGGCGGCGGCGGUGGCGGUGGCGGUGGGAGCAUUGGGAGUGGAAGUACCCUAAAUGGGGUGGAGCCGGAGUUGGAGAUUAGGGUUGAUGGGCAUUUGGUGGUUCAUGUGAAGCAUCUUCAAUGGAAGUUUAGAGGUAAUGAGUCCAUUCGUAUCAACAAGUUGAGAAUUGAGGUUUAUUGGGAUGUCCAUGACUGGCUUUUUAGUCCUGGAUUAAGGCAUGCAUUGUUUAUUUUCAAGCCAAGUUUGCCUGCUUCAAGUACCUCUCUGCCACCGUUAUCGAGAACCUCGUCGUCCUCGCUGCCAUUUUCUUCAUCGGCAUCAACUCCAUUGUCAUCUCAGACUAGUUCUGCAUCAGUAGAAGGGAUUAAUGCAAGUUCUGCUUGUUCAUCCGAGUUUUGCUUGUUUCUUUAUGCCUGGAAGGUUGAAUGA